AAUUGAACGGGUGAAUAUUUUUGAGUGACCAUGGAUGAUGAUGUGCAAAUCUCUGCAGCAGCUUUUAUUAUUCUUUGCGACGCUAUAAAGAAAAAGCAACGCAAGAGAAGACGCUAUUGGAUGACGAAUUUAUUUAAAAGUCGCAAUAUUUAUAGUGGCAGCAACCUGUUGAACGAUUUAUCAUUGUCACGCACUGGACAGUUCAAAAAUUUUUGCCGUAUAUCUUGUGAAGAUUUUGAAUAUCUGAUACAUCUAAUUGGGCAUAAAAUAGCGAAGCAAGAAACUACAUUCAGACAACCCAUUCCUGUUAAAGAGAGACUGGCAGUUACUCUACGAUUCCUGGCAACUGGGGAUUCAUACACAAGUUUGAUGUACCUGUUCAAAAUUUCUAAACAGAGCAUAUCUACCAUAGUGACUGAAGUGUGCCAAGCUUUGUGUGACGCAUUGAAAGACUACGUAAAGAUGCCAUCUACUAUAGAAGAGUGGACACAAACUUCCAAAAUUUUCGAAGACGUGUGGCAUUUCCCUCAUUGCCUAGCGGCGUUAGAUGGGAAACAUAUUAUGUUACAAGCACCCAUACAGAGUGGAAGCGAAUAUUACAACUAUAAAUCAUUUCACAGUAUAGUACUACUUGCUUUGGUAGAUGGUCAAUACAAUUUUCUUUUUUGUGACGUUGGUGGUCAGGGUCGCAUUUCGGAUGGGGGAAUUUUUAAAAAUAGUUUAUUAUGGAGAAAAAUCGAAAAGAGAGAACUUCCCAUUCCGGAACCACGGAUUCUUCCUGGCCGACAGAAACGGAUUCCUUAUGUGUUUGUUGCUGACGAUGCUUUUGCCUUGCAUGACAACAUUAUGAAGCCUUAUUCAGGUUUACAUGACAAAGGUACACCAGAAAGAAUUUUCAAUUAUCGCUUGUCACGAGCACGAAGAAUUGUCGAAAACGCGUUUGGCAUAUUGUCCGCUGUUUUUAGGGUUUUGAGAAAACCACUAUUACUGGAGCCUGAGAAGGCACGGCUUGUUGUUUUAACCACUCUUUACUUGCAUAAUUUUUUAAGAAGCGGAAACUCAAAUCAAAUAUAUACUCCGCCUGGAACAUUUGAUAGCGAAGAGGAUGGUUUAUUAAUAGAAGGAACAUGGCGACGUGACGGUAAUCCUGAAAAUUCAUUCUUGCCUAUCAGAAGACUACCGCGAAAAUCUCCUCUAAAUGCACAACAAAUUCGGAACGAACUAGCGGAGUAUUUUUCGUCGAAUGGUGCUGUAUCAUUUCAAGAUAAAUAUGCUUAGGUAAAUGCUACUAUGUAAGUAGGCUGGAAAUAAAUAUAAUCUGAACUUACCGUUUCUGUAUUUAUUGAGCCCUUUACACUGUCCUUAUCCCACAAAAAUUUAAAGGCUUCGAAAGCAAACCAUUUGCUUAUAUAUAUUUCGUUUCUACCUGCAUAUGUAUACACAAUUAGCUAAAAUGGACAUCAAAAGAAAAUCAAAAUACUACCUUUCCCCGUGCCUGUAGAAUUCUUCAUUUUGGCCUUUUCUCUUCUCAUCGAUGACAGCAACGAUGCUACUUUCGCCUUUAUUACUUCAACGUCGCUUUCCAUUUCUGUUGCUAUGUUCUUCCAAGCAUCAUGUUUUUUAUUUCGUAAAUGGUAAUUACUGUUUUUCACGUCCCACAAUUCUGAUUUUGUUUCAUACAUGUUAAUUAAUUGCAGUGUUUUCUCCCGACUCCAUUCAAUUUCACUCAUUGUGUUGCAGGAAUGCGCACAACUACGUCCAAACUUCACUUAACUUUAAACGCGCGCUUAGCCGAAUUUCUUUGAUGUACCGACACUUGCCCGAACAAAUUCGUGCAUGCACGCAGUGGCGCGUUCGUGCGCAUAUACCCGUCCACAUUACAUGUUGCUGCAACGCUCGCAAACGUUUUGCGCAGUUCGGCGCGCGUAAUCUGGACGCAGCUUUAGAGUUAGGUACCUACUUAGGUACGUAAACAAGUUGUUGAGGACCAACAUUAAGUUUCUAUAGGUAGAUGACUAAUAUCUUGUUUUUUUUGGACUUUACUUAAUCCUAUUGUAAAAUUAAAGGGUAUAGGUACCAAGUGUAGGUAUAGAUCUUCUUUCCCCCGAUUGCAGUUUGUUUCAUUAUCGCGCCCGUUAUGAAAAUCCGCAUAAACGUAGUAAAAAUUCAAAUGAAAAUCGAUUAAAAUCAGCACAAAGGUGUAAAAUUACCUAAAAAUUAACAUGCAUCUUAAAAUAUGCAAGUUUAUACUGUAAAUGCAAAAAAUAUUAAAAUAUGCAAGAUAUGCAAAAAUAAAUUGGGUUUAAUCGCUUCAAAAUGUUGCAAAUCGAAAAUGUACAAAAUCUGGUACGAGUACAACCAAAAAUACACGAUAUGCAUUUUGCAUAUAUUCACAGCUUUAGUAAUAAUACUGCAUACAUUUUUCGAAAGCUUUGAAACAUUAUUAUGAAUUGUAGUUUUAAAAUGUUUUUUCGGUUGUAAUACUACACAAACCGCAUUGCAAUUUACAACAAACUAUAACGUGCAAGCUGUGAAGGCAGAGCACUAUAAUAUUUUACCAUGUGCGAAACACACACGCCGCUGAUCGGCGAGCUAGCUCUGUUAGCCAAAAAUGUAACAGCGUAGAGAGAUGUUCUUACUCAGGGUAGUAGGUAAGUGAAUUACAAGAUUGUGAUCACCACUGCUCAUAGAAAAUGUUCCAGUCAAAUCCCAGCCACCUAUACUUACUUUCGUGCUUCGAUAUUGAAAUUUUCCGGGCGCCACCCACUCCUAGGUAUUUUGUCUGCAUUUACUGGAAUUAGGAAGAGUAAUUGCAGCAUGUAAAGAGUCAACAAAUUGACCCACAAGACAAAUGAGUAUUUAUUAGUUGAAAGUAUGCCAAAUAAAAAUAAAAUCUCGUCAUGAACUGAGAAAACACACAAAACAUUCUAAAAUAAAUUAAAUCCCCUGAAACCCUGUGACACCUUGUACCACGUUGCAAUAACAAUUACAAACAAAUGAAAAUUAAAAGUUGACUAUGAGAUACCAAUAAUUUGCAGCCUGAGGUGUUGAAUAUUAAUUUGGUAACGAGCUCUUUACCUUACAGAAUGAUUACCUUGCAACAGUAAUUCUAAAUUGAAAGUUUAAAAUGGUCCUAAAGUUCAAGCAUACUAAUUAUGAGUCAUUUUUCCACUUACAUAUGUGGGUCAGAUACAUAAGUACAUAAAUUUAAGUUUUGAGACAAUAAGAAAAAUAAUAAUAAUACAAAAGGUACGUCACCGCUCCUGAUAAUGCGUGUCGUAAGUUCUGCAGGUUGUUCCCGGUGGUAUCGGCAAAUCUUCACAUGUAUCAAAGUUUGGUGUUCCGGUUAAAUUUCCUCCUACGCUGUACCUUUGGCUGCCCUUAAGAUGAUAACAAUUUACUGGAUGUGAACAGCACUGAUCGGCAGUAUAACGUUUAGGUCUCCGGAUUCUGAUGGAAUUAACCCAAAGGUAUAGGGUAGAUGCACCGGUUGUGGGCACUUUAAGAAAAUUUUUAACUUUAUUUAUCUUAAAUUCAUCUAUUGAGAGAAUUUUGUACAUUCAAACGGCAGACAUAACACCAAUAGAUAUUUUUGUCUAAAAAAUGAAUGCAUAUAUUGAAGUAUAUUGAUCAAAUAAUGUCAUAUUUAAUAAAAUAUCGGAAAAGAACAGUUUUGCUAGUUGUGGCCACCUAUUCACUAGUUGUGGCCAGAGACCGCACCGGUUGUGGCCAUCAUGUAGAAAUACAAAACAAAUACCUAGGUACUAAAUAAGUGCAAUAAUGAACAAGGUGUACUUAUUUAUUAAAAAUUAAAUUAAAAAAAUAUUCUUAGGCAAAUUUUAAAACAUAAACUUUAGAACAAAAAAAAAUAUAUACUUAGAGAGUUACAUAAAAAUUAUGAUAAAGAAUCCAUUUCAGGAACAGCACAUAUCCCUCUGGUAUUUAUUGGUUUAGGUUCAUUGAUUUUCAAAACUAAAUCUUGCUCCUUGUACCACAAGAGAUCUGGUGAAUCAGGCCAUUUCCAAUGUUUAACACCACUUCUUUUCAUCGCACAACAAUAACAUUCAUUGUUUUCUUUGUUUAAAAUCUUUGCUGGAUAUAGUUCACCUUCAUAUUUGACAAUCACAUAGCUUCCUACAUCUAAGGUAAUCACAUUAUUUUCUUCUUCACAAGUCUUUUGUUCUAUCACAGUAUUUGCAUUAGAAUCUUUGGUCUGUUUCUGUUCACUUUUGUCUUCAAUACUCUCCUUGGUUUCUUUUAUAAGUUCACCAUCUUUGGCAUCAUUUCCAUCUAAAAUUGUUUUUACUUCUGUCGUACUACACUCUAAAAGUUUUUUAUUGUUUUCAUUGCCUCUUUGAUUAUUAGGCACUUUCUUCUUUUUUUUUAGAUUUCUUCUUUUGUUCAUUGCGUCAGUCUUACUCUUUCUUUUUGCAGCCUUCUCGGCAGCUAAAUUUUCUUUAGAUUUUUCUUUUGCUUCAAAAAUUUCAAUCCAUUUAUCCGAGGUGACCACUGAAGGAAGGGGGAUCCUAUUUCUUUUUGAAUUUCCUGGAGAAUCAUCGGGCCAUGUUUUUAAAUCUUGAAGAACACCACUAACUGUCCGUUUUUUAAAGAGCUUUACAUCUUUAUCCGAGUCUUUAUCAUUGUUGGAUGUCUUCAUAGAAUUAUCACUUUUUUCUGAUGCUGUUUGUAUAACAAUAUUCUGUAAUAUAUUGAUUUUUUUAAGUUCUCAAUCCUUUUUCAAUACAUCAGUUUUGCAUUUUUCCAUCCUUUUCUAAUACGUGGCCACAACUGGUUUUCAUCCCCCAAUUGUGGCCACCAAAAGACCACAACUGGCGCAGAAGGCAUGUUUGAUGCUCCAGUUGUGACCACCAUUAAUUUAACCAUUUGUAGGUUAAAUAUCUAACCAAAAGUCUUGAAAUAACGUGGGAAAGUCCUUUGUAAAUCUAAUAUCAGCUACCUCGUAUGUCAAUACUUAUAUUUGUACACAGAAUGAAACAUUUACUUACCACGAGUUCCUUAACAAAACGUCUAAGCAAUGCACAACACACCCGUUUCACGUGAGAAAAUAGACUGGCUAGACCAUAUUAUAACUGACAAAUCGAAUCAAAUGCGCAGGCGUCAUCCAGAAUACAAUAAACAUUCAAACUUCAUUUAAUUCUAUUGGUUAAUUUGAACGGGGCCGUUAAUAUUUAAGAUACAUUUCGCGGUUGGCCACAAUUGGUGCCAUGGCCACAACAGGAGCAUCUACCCUAUCGAGGAUGGUGAAAUUGAUACGUGAACUGAUAUUCGGAUGUGGGGGUGUUACGUGAACUCUAAAAAGCAAUCUCCUAAUCCGAGAGAGUAACACAAAUCAAAACAAAACUGGAUACAUCCCAACGAUCAUUCGAAUCGGCUCAUAUGGUCGGUACGUGUUCCCCUACAAUAACUUACGAAUUUGAAUGGCUUAAUUCCUUAUCAAAAUUCCUUUGCGGAUGAAAUUUCCCUGACAAAUAACAACAAGUGGUCGGUUCAAUAUAAUUAGUCGAUUGAGUAAAGAUGCUUUCGCCAAUUAUAACAUCAAGACGACAACGGGAAACUAAAAUAAGCACACAAACUCGGGAAGUUUUCGCGACCGCUUCUCUAUGCAAGUGAUUUAAGACGCCUCUUCUUUCGGAGAUUUUUCCAAGUGAAGCUACGGAUUAUUAUCUUUGACGAAUAGUAGAGCCGUAUUUGAUACAUGACCAUAUAAGGUAAUUUCUAAUGAUGAACACCAAUCAAAACAAUAAAAUGUCCUCUAACGACAAUAAACUAAUUACAUCGGAGAGGGACAAACGCAGAAAUGCAAAAGUAACUAGAAAUUGGUCGCAUUCAACGACUCGAGAUAAUUUAGAAAAAAUAUACAGGUGGAAAUUGAAGUAUAUACGAAAAAUGUUAUCCUCAAUUUAAAACUGUUACAAAACAUUAAGCUAUUGAGCAAAUUCGGAACAACGGAAUUAACUAUACUCGUAUUAUUAAACGGCACAGUUCACUAAAACGGUUGCUGUCCUCCGAUCCGAGUGAAACAAUUAACGGUUCUAUAAGUGUAUCCAUUAGACCGUCCGAUCUACACACGAUUGUCCAUCAAAAUUUUGAUAAAUUUUAAUCAAUAAUGCUUAAAAGAUAGCCGCAUUCAGCUCUUUAUGGUAAUCAGCGGUUUUCUUUCCUUCAAAAAGGAGCAGUCCAUCAUCUACGAGACCGUUUUCGGAUCCUACAUGUAAAAUAAUUACACGAUUUUCCUUUCCGGAAGAUUCGAUCGGAGUAUUCCAACGACUGGCACUCGCGAAACAUCAACCGAAAUUGCUGUCUGUGUCGCAGCCGCUGCUGGUAGUCUCUGACCGAAUCGUCAGAGAUCGGGAAGAGAGUUCGCCAAACAUUAUCCUCAUUAUCUGGCGAAUUCGAUGUUCGUUCGGGCCGCUGUUGGAUCGUGGGUAGAUUAACUCGGGGAUGUCAUCGAAGAAUGCCGCCUAGUAACAUAGAGCUGCCAGGGGCGACACUCCAAAAACAUUCUUCUUUACGUCAUCGAACCAGCGCAGCGGCUCACGAGUUGCCGGAACUUUUCCCUCGGCUCGGUCCCUACAACACUCCUGAAGAACCCUUCAGUCUAUUGUUGAAAUUCCAUAUUUGAUUCGCGACUUCGUCCACGUGGGCGAGGGUAUUUUUGGGAUUUAUUUGAUUAUUUCUGUGAAAUUUGAUUAAUUUCUUGGAAUUUGGACUUAAUUCAUUAAAAAUUGAUGUGAUUUUGAGCUUUAUUGGCAUUUGAUUUAAUUGAUGACGUCAUCAAUUAAAUUGAUUACUGUUUAAUUAAUUUAAUCUGCGGGUCGAUUAAUUUAAUUGGCUGUUUGGUGUCUGGGAAUUUCCGUUGAUUAAUUUGAUUCGCGGCUUAAUUAAUUUAAUUCGCGGUUUUGAUUAAUUCGCCGAAUAAUAAAAAUAAUUACACGUAUGUAAUGAGUAAUUACCCUUUAUUCUACAACAAAAUUGCGGAUGGCGGGAAAUUCAAAAAUAAGAAGUGCAAUUUAAAAAUAUUGUAUGACGUCAUACACCUGCACUAUCUCUCUCUUACUCAUUGCGUCUAUCUUUUCUCACCUCGCUAUUCUUAAAUAGAAAUUAGAAAUGAGCAAAACAAGUUCUAAUUAUAUUUAUUAUCAAAUGUGCAGCAUGUAGAAAUAAAUGAAAAAAAACAUUACAAGCACACUCGAAAAUUACAAUUUAAAAUAUACAAUACAAACCCGUUUCCGCACCACCCAGGAGGUAGAGUUAAUGGCGCGUUUUUUUUUAUCGUGGUUUCCCCAGGAGGCCUAGUCCACGGACGUAUUUACAACUUAAAACUAAAUAAUUACACGAACUAUUUACACUACACUAUGGAGAAAAACAAUUAAAAAAUAUUGUUAUAUGGGUCGUACAGCGCACUAACAUCUCGUUCACCACGGUGGAACACUCAUUUAUCGUUAAACGGGCGGAAGCACACACUGGUUCAAAGUUGGUCAUUGGAACAGUUAAACGCAUUUGCCGUAUGUCAGCAAUAAAACGCCUUUGCGCCUCUUUCAAUGCUCGCAGGGAGCUUUUGAGCCGUUUCGGAAGAGCUGCGAACGGCACUUUUUCGCGGAGUAGCCUUUUCGAAGCGAUGCUCUGCAGGGUAUCGAUUUCGCUCGGCUGAAAAGGGAGAGCUCCAGACUCCAUGGACGUCAAUUGUAGAAAAAUAUGAUCUACGUAAACAGAAAUCUUGUGGUUUGAGUGGUGAAUUGUAGGAUGAGAUGUUUCAAUGCUGCAUAACUUGGUACCAAUUGUUAAUUCUACAUAAAACAAUAAAUACUGUAACCGUUAAUUUUCUAUAUUUUCUCCAGUCAAUAGGUUGUGAUGUACCCAAGUCGACAAAUCUGGAGAAUGAGAGGUAACAUUGGAUAACGCUAAACACACACGCCGCCGAAGUCUCUUACAUAAAGUGCACAAAAUAAACAUCAUUAAUUAGCCAGACCUCCUCCAAUCUAGCAGGUAUCUAAGAUCCUGGAUACGGUAACCUUAGACUAAAGUUGUCGUUCGAGAUACAUGCCGCUAAGUAUCUUUAUCACUCCGGCAUAUACCUCUGCAAGGGCGAAACGGUUAAUUACACUCAAAAAAGGCUGAUUCGUACACAAAGAAUUGAA